UGCAUUCGCUACUUCCGGUGAUUAAUCAUCGACGUAAACAGAGUUUGUGGAAACAUACACUGCCUGUUUUUCGUAUUUAAUCGUUUCUUAGGAGUAUUUUCUAACAUGAAGAGCAACUAAAAUUUAGAAUGCCACCCAAAUUCGUCAGAAACCCAGCGGGUAGUGACUUUAGCCAAGCAAGGAGGGAAGAAAAGACAUCCUUGCUUGAUGCCCAGAGUGAUGAUGAAGAUUUCUUUUUAACAGGACCAAACGUGAGACCUGGAGGAAGUAAAAGUGACCCAAAGAUUGACAGACUGCAGAACCAAGUGAACGAUGUUGUUGAUGUCAUGCAGAGUAACGUGUCCAGAGUGUUGGAGAGGGGAGAUAAACUGGAAGAUCUACAUGACAAAUCAGAUAGUCUAGCAGGUAAUGCUGAUAUGUUCCGUAGCCGAGCAAGAGGACUUCACAAAAAGAUGUGGUGGAAAAAUUGUAAGAUGAAGUUAGCACUUGCUGUGAUAAUUCUCAUUAUCUUCCUUGUGAUUAUCAUUCCUAUUAUUGUGAAGUCACAGAAGAACUAGGUGAAAGAUGCCAAAGAAUUCAUGUUUUGCCGUAGAUUUCAGAUGUACGUCUGGUUGCAUUCUUUUUCUGCUUUUGUGCAACUUACCUUGUCGACCGAUCUCUGCUGAAUUAAUAAAUCAGUAUAAGAAUGUU